AACCUGAAGAAGAGCUGGCACCCCCAGACCCUGCGCAAUGUGGAAAAGGUGUGGAAAGCCGAGCAGAAGCAUGAGGCCGAGCGGAAGAAGAUCGAGGAGCUGCAGCGGGAGCUGCAGGAGGAGCGAGCGCGGGAGGAGAUGCAGCGAUACGCUGAGGACAUGGGCACUGUCAGGAAAAGAGAAGAGAAGUUGGAGUGGAUGUACCAGGGUCCUGGAGGCAUGGUGAACAGAGAGGAAUAUCUUAUGGGUCGCCCUGUGGACAAAUACAUCUUUGAGAAGACAGAAGACAAGGAUGCUGGCUGUUCCAAUGAGACAGGACUUCUCCCAGGCUCCAUUUUUGCCAAGACAGGUGCCAAUUCUGUCCUAGAUAUGGCAAACAAAAUCCGUGAGGAUCCACUUUUCAUGAUAAGAAAGAGGGAGGAGGAAAAGAAGAGAGAAGUUUUGAAUAAUCCUGUUAAAAUGAAGAAAAUCAAAGAAUUGCUGCAAAACAGUUUAGAUAAAAAAGAGAAAAAGAAGAGGAAAGAGAAGAAGAAGAAGCACAAGAAACAUCGUCAUCGCAGUUCUACCAGUGAAAGUAACAGCAGUGAUGAGGAGCAAAGCAAAAAUAAGUCUCAGAAGAGGAUGAACAGUUCUUCCUGGAAACCUGCUCCUUCCAAAGUCCCAGGAUAUGGCUUACAAGUUAGAGACGCUGAGCAGAGCCACAGGUCUCGGAGCUCUCCAGCUGCCGGCCAGGAGAGGGCCCCCCACAAGCACCGGGAUCGCUCCAGGUCCAGGAGCCGGUCCCGCUCUCCUCCGAGACGCUCCAGCAGGAAGAAUUCAGACCAAUCUGGAUGCAGAGGCUCAAGAUCUCCUUCUAGACACAGUAAACAACACAGUGGUCGGGAGGAGAAAGGAAGAGCUAGAAGUCCUUCCCCUAAAAAGAGCUAUCGACGACAGCAUGCUAUGGGUUACACAAGAAAGAUCUCUGCAGAAGAACUAGAGCGUAAACGUCAGGAAAUGAUGGAAAAUGCCAAGUGGCGGGAAGAGGAGAGAGCAAACAACCUCAGGAAACACCAAAAGGAGGAGGAGCUGGAGCGAGAACUGGAGAAACUCGACUCUCGAGAUGGGAAGUUCUUCAAUCGUUUAAAACUAGAGAGUGCAUCUACUUCCACCCUAGAAGACCGGGUGAAACGCAAUAUCCACUCCCUUCAGAGGACUCCUGCUGCCUUGGAAAAAAAUUUCAUGCAGAGAUGA